UAAAACUGCGAUUCUUGGCCUUUUGACUCUUCCCUGCAACUGAAGCUCUUCUAUUUAACUUAUCUCCUUCACUUUCUCUCUCCACACUCUCUUCUCUACACCAUUUCUGGUGCUUUUGAUUUUGUUUAAUAUCUAUUACUCAUUCUAAAAUGAAUCAAGCUAUUUCAUCUCGUACCAAAUACUCAGAACACCGCACCAUAACCACUAAGCUUGUGAAGCCAUCUAGGUUUCAAACAAAAGUUGUUCGCAUUUUGGUGACUGAUGUUGAUGCCACUGACUCAUCAAGCGACGAGGAUGAGGAUUACUCCUCGCCUGCUCGAGUGAAGAAGCACAUUAACGAGAUCAAAAUUGAAGAUUGUUCAAUAUUCACGAGUGAGAAUGUAGUCAACAACAACAACAGAGACAGAAUCACAAAGCCUAUCCAACAAAAAGCAAGUGGCAGAUCUAAUGGCAACAAAUACAGAGGUGUGAGACAAAGGCCUUGGGGGAGAUGGGCGGCUGAGAUCAGAGACCCUUCUCGGAGAACAAGAGUCUGGUUAGGGACUUUUGACACCGCAGAAGAGGCUGCCCUUGUUUAUGACAAAGCUGCUAUUCGUAUUAAAGGGCCUGAUGCUCAAACAAAUUUCAUGAAACCUCCUGAGAGAAAUGAUAAUACGACACCGUUGGAAAUUGAUGUUGUAACGGUUUCUGGGUAUGAUUCAGGUAAAGAAUCUCAGACAAUAUAUUCACCAACGUCUGUUUUGAGAUUCCAGUCAAAUGAAAAUGAAGAAGCUGAACAAAGAACAGAGUAUCAACCUGAGACCGAGACUGAUAGUGAAUGGAGAAAAGUUCAAGAUUGUUUGUUCUUAGAUGAGGGGUUCUUGGAUUCUGAAACACCUCCUCGGAUAUUUUUCGAUGAGAUGAGUGUGCCAAUUUUGGCAGAAAAUUUGGAUGACAUCUCUGUUAGUUUAGAUGGUGAUUUUGGGUCAUGCAUAUGGGACGUUGAUAACUACUUUCAGGAACAUAGUUUGCCAUUGCAUUGACAAUCAGUAAUGGAGAUAUUUUGUUUCAAUUAGUUGGUGUUUAUCUUCAUGUUUUGGUAAAUUCCGAGUCGAAUUUUGGGUACAUAAACCACCAAUUUCUUUCAUCUGUUUCUUCUCUCCUCCAGGACAUGAGUGUGUAAAGGUGCAUGCAUUUCACCAAGCAUGUGUAAAUUCUUAGGUUUAAAUUUUUUUUUUUUUUUUUUUGUGUUUUUUUUUUUAUGAAAAAAAAAUUGGUUCAGUGUGAAACUAUGAGGAUGGAAUGGUGUGCUUGUAGUCAUUUUUGAGAUUAUUUUAUGGCCGUUUUGA